GGGUCAGAACGGAGCAGCCAAUCGGAGCGGCGCCUUCGCCUGGCCCGGGACUCGCGAGGUAACUUGCUCUGGGGAACCAGCACCAUGGCGUCGGGCUGCAAGGUUGGGCCGUCCAUCCUCAACAGCGACCUGGCCAACUUGGGCGCCGAGUGCCUCCGCAUGCUGGACUCCGGGGCCGACUACCUGCACCUGGAUGUAAUGGACGGGCAUUUUGUUCCCAACAUCACCUUUGGUCACCCUGUGGUAGAAAGCCUCCGAAAGCAGCUAGGCCAGGACCCUUUCUUUGACAUGCACAUGAUGGUGUCGAGGCCCGAACAGUGGGUAAAACCAAUGGCGGUAGCAGGAGCUAAUCAGUACACCUUUCAUCUCGAGGCUACUGAGAACCCAGGGGCUUUGAUUAAAGACAUUCGGGAGAAUGGGAUGAAGGUUGGUCUUGCCAUCAAACCAGGAACUACAGUUGAGUAUUUGGCACCGUGGGCUAAUCAAAUAGAUAUGGCCUUGGUUAUGACAGUGGAACCUGGGUUUGGAGGGCAGAAAUUCAUGGAAGAUAUGAUGCCAAAGGUCCACUGGUUGCGGACCCAGUUCCCGUCUUUGGACAUAGAGGUCGAUGGUGGAGUAGGUCCUGACACUAUCCAUAAAUGUGCAGAGGCAGGAGCUAACAUGAUUGUGUCUGGCAGUGCCAUUAUGAGGAGUGAAGACCCGAGAUCUGUGAUCAACCUGUUAAGAAAUGUUUGCUCAGAAGCUGCUCAGAAACGUUCUCUUGAUCGAUGAAAGCACAAGGAGUCCAGUGUCUCUGCUCAUGAAAUGCUUUUACUGGAGAACAAGAAUAUUGACUACCAACUCAUAUCACAACAGUGCUGCUUUUCUGAGCAAUUCAUUCCAGUGACUAACAUCUGUUGUGCAGAAUGUCCCAAGAGGUUAGAAAUUUAGUGAAGGGAUUUAAAGAUUAGUGGGGUGAAAUGCCAUUUUUACUGGGAGACUUGAUUUUUAUAAAGAGUAAAAAUACGGUUGUAUUAAGGUUAUAAAUAGAAAUGUGUCUUAAUGCCUAAGGAAGGCACAAUAGCUACUAUGAAAAAUGUUUUUCUCCACUUCUAAAAAGAAAUUUCUAUUGUUUCUUGGCUGUUUUCAAAAAGCAAAGUAAGUUCUAAUGUCUUUCCUGUUCCUUGUCAUUUUUGGUUUGUCUCUAUGCGUUAUCAGUAGAAUAGAAGUUAGGGAAAAUCUAUGGCUGGGAUAGCAUACCGUAUUCUUCUUGCUUCUAAAACAUCUAUUUUUUCACUUUGCACCUUAUAUAUGAUAUAAGAAAACCAUGUCUGAAGCCCAGGAGUUUUGGGUCUGUUGUAAAAUACAUAGAUUUUAUCAGGUGUUCUGUUAGCUUUGCUGCAAGGGCAGAUGAUUCAUUGAUUUGCCCACCAUCUCCCCUUAAUCACACCGACCGUUUGUAAGGAUGUGAGGUAAUGUGCUAGUUCUGAGCAGAAAGGGAAAAAAAAGCCUCUUUUUGGAAGUAAGAUUGAAUUUACUCUUCCCCUUUCCAAAUUUCACUUAGCAAAUCAAAUCAACCAACAUCUUUGAGCUUCUAUUAACUGAUUUAUACAUUGAAUUUAGUUAUAAUAACUGCAGGGUUGUGUUGAGGAUGAAAAAAGAUACUCUUACAUAUGUAAAGCUUCCACCAUUAUUCCUAGAACUGGCAUAGAAUUGAGGAUGCUCGGUACAAAGUAGCUAUCAUUAUAAAGUUUAUGUUUUGUAGGUAAUAAAGUACUUUGCUAAUCUCAUUAAAUCUUUGAAUCACUCCUGUGAGUGGGCAGACAGGUAUCUUUGUCCCCGUUUUUUAAAAAUGAAGACACUGAAGCUCAGCAAUAGGCUACAAGCACAGAAAAGACUCAGUAGGGCACAGGAUUUCUGGUCUGUACUCUUUUUACAACUGGAGGCCUUGGGAGGUGGAUUAGGCAAAGGAAGCUUCUUAACAUUGUCUUAUUUCCAGUCUAACUUGACCCUGUAGCAGAACCAGAUUGCUGAGGAUAUCCCAGAACUAUGGAUUUUGACCCUAAAGGAUAUGUAUUUUAUUAAUCCAAGAAAGACCAGGUAGGCUAAGAGAUGGCAAGGUACAGAAUCAUUCCAUAAACUAAAUAUUUAUAAUUGUGUCCCAAAUCAUAUUUUGACAACAAAUAUGUCAGUCACUUAAUUAUUGCAAAUACUCUUGCUAUGUAAUACAUAUGGCAAGAAAUAACAGGACCAGUGUCAUUGAACUUCUUUAGACUACUGUGAAUUUUAAGAAAAAAGUAAUUGAAAA